CCUACGCGUUCUCUGCCGAGGGCAACGACGGCCGCCGCGCCGCUUCCUUAAACAGAAGCAUGUUAAAUGAAAUAUAAGGCUUUCGUGCACGUCGACCUUUGAACCUGUACAGACAGAUGAUCAGCGGCGGGGCUUCAGGUGUUUGUUUUGUGAUGGACUGAGGUAAAUGUGGAACAUGAAUUGCGGGCACAGAGGAAGUUGGAGCCUGACGCUGCUCCUCCUGUGCACGUUAACCCCCCUAGUGACAUCACAGACCUGCCCUCCCGGGGACUAUGUCAGUGAAACAGGAAUCUGCUGCAACAAGUGUUCUCCUGGUUUUAAACUCGUUCGAGAGUGCAAUGCCACUGGCCACAGGAGCUCAUGCGUCGUGUGUCCGAAGGAACAAUACACGGAUCAGAUGAACUACGUCAAAAACUGCAGGAGUUGCAUACGCUGCAAAGACUCAGACAAUAAAGAACAGGAGUCGCCAUGCGAAAAACACCGAAACAGAGUUUGCCGCUGUAAGGAGGGUUUUUACAAAUCCAUGAUCGACUCCGAGACGUUCGACUGUCUCAAAUGCAAAAUAUGUGGAUCGGAGGAAACGGUAAAACAAACAUGUUCACCAGAGAAGAACACUCAGUGUGCGUGCAAGGAGAACUACUACAGACACAACAAAAAGUGUGAGCCGUGCAAAGCUUGCAGCCCAGAGUGCCGCCAUUUAUGUCCCGAGCCGACCAAGCCCGCAACUUUGACCACAACCAAAGAAGGUACCGGACCAGAGCUUCUCAAAAUAAUGGCCGUGUGUGCAGCGCCUGUGCUCGUCCUGCUCAUUCUGGUCACCGUCGUCACCUACGUGGCGACAAAGAGGUCGACCAAGAAGAAGCUGCGCCGUCCGUCCUCCGAUCCGCGCAGCAUUUCCCAGGACUCGUGCAAGCAGGUCCUGAUUGUGGACGAGGAGCCGUGCAGCGAGCACAGUGUCCAGGCUGUUGCUCUGGUGCCCGAGAGCGAACAGGAGUCGUGCAAACUCCCCGACUGCGUCCCCCUGGAAGUCAAUAUCCCCGACCUGAUCUACGCCGUGCUGGAUCUGGUACCUGUGCAGCAGGUGAAGCAACUCGUUCGCACUCUCGGCGUGCGGGACACGGAGAUCGAGCAGGCGGAGAUGGACCACCGGGGCUGCCGCGAAGCCCACUACCAGAUGCUGCGGGCGUGGGCCGAGAGGGGCCCGCCCGGGGGCAGGGGGGGGCGGGGCCGGGUUGUCUGCCGGCCGCAGCUGGAGGGGCUGCUGGAGCAGCUGAGGAGGAUCCACCUGGGACGAGCGGCGGAGGAGCUGGGGACGAAGUACGGCCUCGCGUGACGGGAGGAACAUGGACGCGCAUGAAACCAAGUGUUGUCGGUCCCUGGAGAGACUCGCUCACGGGCGGCUUCAAAGCCUCACAGCGUGCACACACGCGCGCACACACACACGCACACACACACACACACACACACACGGUGCUAGCACAAGCCAGGCCAGCUGCACUCUACCUCUCGCCACGGAGACGACUCAUGCAAACUACUGAAGGUUUCAGGGAAGUGGGGGACGAGCAGAACGAUUCCUGCUGUCUGUCCUUUGUUUAUGACUCAUGGGAGCACACAGUAUGUAUCACGAAUGAAUACACGCCGUACACGGGAGAAGGAUACUGAUCGCCUCGUUCAAACUUUUGACAGAAAAAAAUUUCCCAAAACGUCCCAGACGUUUGUGGAGGACGGUGAAAAACGAUGCUCUAUAUCUUUAAUAUCACUAUACUGAUGGGGAACAAAGGGUUUUUAUGAUUUCAUUUUAAGACUGGUUGAUGUGAAAUGCAUCAUCGGUCGGUUUGUAUUGUAUUAUCAAACGUCUUUAUCAUUUUACCGUUUGUAUUGUAGGACCAUUAAGCUACGCCGUUAGUAAAUGCACUAUCGCAGUCUAUGUUAGAUUUCAGCACAGGGAGGUGCACCUUUAAAUGCUGGAGGGGUCAGUUAAAUAUUAGCGCUUUAAAAAUAUUCCCUGGUUCUACUGUUGAGCCAGAAUGAUGAAUGUAAGCGGGUUGUUGUCUCCCUGCGUGGAGACGGGACCCGGCUCCCUCGUUCCAGCCACAGCCUUCGUCGAAGCCCCGUCAUACAAGCAUUAUGCCUCUUAGGAGAAGGCGACACGCCUCGACUCAGCCAAGUACCGAUGUCGGCAUCAGCCUGUCCAUCGCAACCCCGACCGCUCGCACUCCUCCAGGCAGGACACCACAGCCUUCACAGCACUUUCCUGCAGCACGGACCAAUUCUACUUUAUCAGACACACAUUUAUCAGUUUUACAGUCAAUGUGCCGGGGAGCGGUUACAGUCGCUUGUUACUGUGUAAACUUGUAAUAAAUGUGUCAUAUGUCUUUA